AUGGCUAAUUCAUUGAAGCUCAAUGUGGUGUGGAUUAUGUUGGUGCUAAUAAUAGCAAUAGAAGGGGAUACUCCACCAGGAAUAGCUAACAAUCCAAGCCAUGCAAGGUGUUUAAUCAAAAAAUACAAGCAUUGUUAUAAUUUGGAGCAUGUGUGUCCCAAGUUUUGCCCUGAUUCUUGCACUGUUGAAUGUGUUUCUUGCAAACCUAUUUGCUCUGGUGGCUCCACCCCUCCACCACCUGAUGGUAAUGGUGAUGGAAAGGGCGACAAUAAUGGAAAGGGUGACGGUGGUGGAAAGAAUGCUGGAAAAUCCUCUCCUCCCGCUCCUACACCUUCUCCACCAACACCAUCACCUCCCACUCCAACACCUUCUCCACCAACACCAUCACCUCCCACUCCAACACCUUUCCCACCAACACAAACACCAUCACCUCCCACUCCAGCACCUUCCCCACCAACACCAAACCCAUCACCUCCCACUCCAGCACCUUUCCCACCAACACAAACACCGUCACCUCCCACUCCAACACCUUCCCCACCAACACAAACUCCAUCACCUCCCACUCCCACUCCUACACCAUCACCAUCACCUCCCACUCCCACUCCUACACCAUCACCAUUACCUCCCACUCCCACUCCUACACCAUCACCAUUACCUCCCACUCCUACACCUUCCCCACCAGCACAAACGCCAUCCCCUCCUACCCCAACUCCUCCCUCAUCUCCACCCGUUUCUCCUUCCCCAACAUCUCCAUCAUAUUCUCCUCAUCCACCUUCAACCGAUGUUAACGCUCUAAGGAGAAAACGAUGCAAGAAUAAAGACUUCCCUCAAUGUUAUGGAGUGGAGCAUGUAUGCCCUAGCUCCUGCCCAACCACGUGCGAAGUUGAUUGUAACUCUUGCAAACCUGUCUGCAAAUGUGAUUAUCCAGGAGCUGUGUGUCAAGAUCCUCGUUUCAUUGGAGGUGAUGGCAUCACUUUCUACUUCCAUGGCAAAAAGGAUAAAGAUUUCUGCCUUGUAACAGACCCCAACCUCCACAUUAACGCCCACUUCAUUGGAAGAAGAAACGAAAAGAUGAAGAGGGACUUCACAUGGGUUCAAUCCAUUGGAAUUCUCUUCAAUAACCACAACCUCUUCAUCGGAGCAAAGAAAACCGCCACCUGGGACGACGCCAAGGACCACCUCGCCUUCGCCUUGGAAGGGGCUGCCAUCCACCUCCCAGAAACUGACGGCGCGAAAUGGCAAUCCAAAACUCUCCCAGAAACAACCAUGAAAAGGGACGCUGACACCAACAGUGUGAUAAUCGAAAUUGAAAGGAUUGUCAAGAUUACAGCUAAGGUGGUUCCCAUUACUGCACAAGAAUCUCGAGUUCAUAACUAUGGCAUUACAAAUGAGGAUUGCUUUGCACAUCUUGAACUGGGUUUCAAAUUCUAUUCCCUGAGUGGCAACGUAAAUGGUGUUUUGGGACAGACUUACAGAAGUGAUUACGUGAGUAGAGUGAAAAUGGGUGUAUCAAUGCCUGUUCUUGGAGGGGACAAAGAAUACGCAGUUUCAAGCCUAUAUGCCACAGAUUGUGCUGUUUCGCAGUUUAUUAAAGGCGGAAAAGAUCAAGUUUCUACAUUCAAUUUGGAGCUGCCGAGCAUGAAAUGUGGCAGUCGAAUGGAUGGCGGAGGAGUUGUCUGCAAGAAAUAG